UCUGAAGGUUAGUUCUUGAAAUAAAUAUUUACAUAUGCUAUAUAUUAGAUUUGUUUGUUCUUGGGAAUUGUUUGAAAACGUUGUAUGUUAUAGAAAUAUUAAACAGGCCUUAGGGCCCGGAUUCUUAACGUAUAAAAUGUCAAUAUUAGCUAAAAUGAUUAGAGCUUUAAUAUUAUCUAAUGUUUUUUUAGAUUCUCAAACCUUCACUCAGAUUCUCCGAGAUAUAACUGAACUCGAACCGGCCGUAGGGUCUCCGGAACAAAUUGCUUACAUCCCAACGCCGACCCUGAAUUGUACGGAAAUACAUCCUAGAACGGGUGCCAUAGGGAGUCUACACGGUUUCUGUGAAGGAUAUGCCUACGAGACAAUUUUGCCCUACUCCCAGGAUGUAUUUACACACAAGCCGCAAACAGAGACUUUAAACGGCCUGUCAACUCCCCUGACCCAGGACCGUUGGACGCCCCCUAUUAAACACCAACGGACAAUCAGGGCCCAGAUCCACAGGUCCGCUUCACCCGAACAAUACUACUGGGAGGGUAUUCACGAGACAGCGUUACAAGGACAAGGCUCACAAGCUACAGACCAGGCAGAUGCUAUAAUUAGGGUUGCCCAAAGACAUGUUCCCGAGUUCUCAGAGCUUCUUCAGAACAGCCCUCUUCAAAAAAGCCGAGACUCCUCGCCGGCUUAUAAAGACAUCCAAGAAGCUACACAUCUAGAUCCCGAGGAGGCGCCAAAGACCCCAGUCAACAGAACAGCGAAGCCUGAUGAUUUCAAAGUUUUAAAUGACAUUUCUGAGGUAGACGAUUUGAUGUUCUGUGAAGUGGCCAACCUUAUUGAAGCGGCCAAUUCUGGUGGGGCAACAGCCUCUUGUGAAAUAGACCAAGCCGUGCUUUUCAAGGCUUUUACACAGGGUUUAAAAUCACGAAAGGCUUUACUUCAACGUCGUAUGGGUAUUCUAUUCGAACAUCAAUACAAUCAGGAUGUGUCAUUCUGGCGUAGAGAGCUUCCCCGCAUGUUAAACAACAGUAGGGUUAAAACAAGCAAAUACCUCCGUUAAAAAACACAUAUGUAAAAAAACACAAGCACACACAUCCUUAAGUAGAGAAAUGGCGCCCCCUAUAGACCUAAGCGAGACAAUUGAAACCCUCUUAGCGGAAAUCCCUACAGAGCUCCAAGAUAUAAUUAACCAUAUGAAUGAUUCUGGGCUAAUUGACAUAGGGGCUAUAGAUGAAAACCUAUUAUCCCAGAUUCCCUCCGAACUCAUUGAAAUUAUUACACGUAUGAAUGAGUCAGGGUCUGCCGAUGAAAACAGGUUAUCACAGAUACCCGAAUCAAUCAUAUCUUUAAUUACCCAGAUGAACGAGAGCCCUAGGUUUAAUUCUGCACCCCCUACACCUCUAAGCCAUCCUUUAACACCCAUGUUCGAAGAGGAAACCCAAUACGAUGUUUUUGAACAGCUGAACAAAUGUCUAUCAAAUCUGGAGCGGGAAGGUCUUGAUCACAAUGUACAGAACGAGAGCCCUAGGUUUAAUUCUGCACCACCUACACCUCUAAGCCAGCCUUUAACACCCAUGUCUGAAGAGUCUGAAACCCAAUACGAUGUUUUUGAACAGUUGGACAAUUGUCUAGCAAAUCAGGAUGGGGAUGGUCUUGAUCGCAGUGAACAUGUUUUGUAUCGAAAUAAAUUCCACAAUAUUGAGGUUCGACAGUUUUUCAAUUUCGCAUGGGGGGGUCAGAUUCGGGAAUAUGCUGUGUUUUACGUAAUGCUUAUGGACACUUUGAAUGAACUGGUAGAUAGAGUUAGAGCUUAUAGCCAACCAAGGGAUACCUUACAGUUGGAAAUUUUUGGAGACAGUCUGCAGAGCCGUGUGUCGCUUAUUUUAAAUAGGGGUGAAGCAGAUCUUGAACAAUUUGUUAACCUGCUAGAACGCCUUGUUCAGUCAAAUUUAAACGUGCUAGCAGAUAGGACCCUCGAACUUGUAGUACAAUUAGUCCGGCCACCACAAGGGGGCGGCGGGCAGAGACGUAAACUCGAUAGCCUGAUGCAGUCCGAAAUCAUAAGCAAUAAAAAGGCCUACCUCAUAUUCGUUCACAAUCAUGGUAAUAAGCUAUGCUUUGCCAUAGGUUUGGCCCACUUACUCAGCCCAGGAUGUACAGAGCGCGAAGCGUUACAGAAAGCUCAAGAGCUACAAAAGGCUGUGGGUUUAGGUAUACAGGAGGCUGUGGCUUUCUCCGACAUAGGCAAAUUUGAAAACUUUCUGAAUAUCAAGAUUGUGGUUUUGUACCACAGUAGAGCUAAUGACGCUCUCUUGAAGUUCCAAAAUAUACAAGAGCCACACCCUAAGACUAUGUACUUUUAUGUGCAAAAUGAGCAUUACUAUGCCGUAACUAACAUCACAGCAUUUUUAGGCGCCCCAUAUGUCUGUCCAGCCUGUCAUACCGGCUACACCCGCAAGGGUGGGCACUCGUGCCGUUAUAACUGUUCAGUAUGUCUGGAUAAACAUUGCCCUAUGCAACCGCUAAACUUGACACCCUGUGAGGAUUGUCACCGCACAUGUCGUUCGGCCUACUGUUACGAAAAACACAAAACUGAAACAUGGCACCCCAAGGCCUGUAAAUCUGUAAGCAGUUGUGACAUUAACAAGAAAUGUCCAAAAUGUCAUUGCAAUUACAACCUUAAAAUAGACAGCCCUAAACCCCAUGUUUGUGGUAUUCUACAUUGCCCAAUCUGUAAAGGGCCCUUGAAAAGCAGAGACGCAGAACUUGUUCAAGAAGUAACACAUGAGUGUUACAUUCAGCCCUUGGCUGAAGAUGAACAUACAGAGAAAUAUGUUUUUUAUGAUUUUGAGACAAAUCAGCAAU